AUGAUAUCGAGAACACUUAAAUUAUACAAAUUCUCAACCAAAAUCCCUACAGGUGUCUUUGAUUUUGCCAAUGUAUAAUAAGGAAUCACUGCUCCUUCUAGUAUUAUGGUAGAGGACUUAAUUACAAGAUUCUCUGCAUAUACUCCUACCAACAUGUACAAUUCAUUAGAUGAAUACUCAAGAGAAUUACUAUUAUAUAUAGCUAAUGAUUUAGUAAAUAUUGAAUAUUUAUUAAAAAGAGUUGGGGAAUGGGAUGGGGAAUCUUAGCAAUAUCAAUGGGUAUUAAGAUUGCUUUUACACCUUUAAUGUUUUCUGCAUAAUUAAAUGCUUGUCGUAUGAAAUUAAUUGAGCCUGAGAGUAAGAACUUCUAAAACAUGAUUUAACGAGCAAUGAGAGCUUAGGAUUACAAAGCUAGUAGAGCAGCAUAAAAAUAAUUUAAACUUUUCAAAAGAAAGCAUAACAUAAAUAUGCUUAUUCCAGGAUUAUCAAUAUUACAAAUGCCUUUCCUAUUCACAUGGUUUUUAUCAUUAAGAUAUGUCUGUUCAUUACCAGAUAAAUAUGAAGGAUUAAAAAGUCAAGGAUUUUUAUGGUAUAAAUUGUAUUAAAUAAUAGGUUUUAAGAUUUAAGUGAAUAUGAUCCUUAUGGAAUAUUGCCAAUUAUGAGUUCCUUUUUCACAUUUUGGAACAUCUCUUUGAAUCCCAAUAUGCAAUCAUAAUCUACUGUUCCAUUUGCAAAAUAUUAUCGAUAUGUAAGGUUCUUACCUUUCUUUUCCAUUCCUGUUGUUAUCUUUUUCCCAGCUGGUGUUAAUCUUUAUUGGUGCUCCUCUGCAUUUUGUCAUUUAAUAAUUACUGCUUUAGCUAGAUAAGAGAAAAUCAGAAAGUAAAUAAAAAUAUAUAUUAUAGAGUAUUUGGUAUUCCUAAAUAUUUACCUGGUACUAUUUUAGAGAGAUAAAAUAAUAUGAAUAUCUAAACUAUUGUUAAAGCUGUUGUUUAAGAUAGAGCUGAUUUAAAUAGUGAUGUUACAACAACAACGACAGCAACAACAACUCCACCAUAAAAGUAAGUUUAAACAGAUGCUUAACAUAUUAUGCAUGAAGCUAAAUCUGGAGAAUAGAAAGUUAAGAUCUUUUCAAGCAAACCAAAAAAAUAAAAAUGAG